CAGCACUUUGAGAUAUCAGCUGAUGUAAGAAGGGCUAUAUAAAUCAAUUUGAUUUGAUUUGAUUAAGCAUCAACCGCAAAAUGCCAUCAUUUAUUGAGUAUGUAUGCUUUCAGAGCCCUAAAGGCCAUUUCUCAGUUUUCGGUAGCUGUAUAACACAAAGUAAAUACCGCUUGAUUUGUUUAAAGUGGAAACUGCAACGGAUAAAACUGUGCUGCCGUCCAAUAAGAAGCAAUUGAUUUAACACACGAAGUAGAUGAUUAAAUUUGGCUGUGACGGAUACUUUCACAGCCAACCAGCUCUAUCAGCAGUCAGUGGAGCUCCUCUGCGUGUCAACAAGGAAAGGAGCCAAGUCAAGGCAAAGGUUGUAGCUAUAGAGAAACUUGCAUUUCCCUUCCAACUGGUUCAUUUACUGCAUGCAUCACUUGCAUUUCAUUACACCCAGACAGACACUCCAUUUAAACAGUACGAGCAUCCACCACAUCUGAUUGCAACACUCACAGCAAUUCAGAUGCUUUAGAGAGUUUCAGUGAAAGGCAACAUUCAGUAUCAGGCAUUCAUUCAUUCGCUCUUGGAUGGUUGUCUAUUGAAAUGCAAAAUGGCUGAUAUACAACCAAUUAAAAUAAAAUAAAAACACAUUGAAAACACCUUUACUAAAAAUAUAGCCUACUACUUCAAGCCUGCUAAAUUGGUGUUAUACGUUAUUCUGGAUGUGAACAAACGCUGCUUGUCCGCUAGACUGUAAAACCAUGAUUCAAACCCGUUCAUGUACUUUUCCACAGCAUAUAUGAACUAAAUCUGUCUGAGACUGAGAGGUUUGGUUUGGAUCACUCCCCAAUGCUGGCCUCCGCUCUUAGCCCUGUACCGUCCUGGCAUGUAAGCAUGGCAUUAUUGUCAUGCUUGUGCAGAGUGCGGACUUAAUCAAUGCCCUUGGUUAUUUCUCUGGUUUACAGGCUGAGAGGAGAGAGGGGAGAGAUGGUCAUACUCUUAGCAUGGGGUAGAGUAGGGAUAAAGACUCCUCUGUUUUCUGUUUUAUACUUACUAAAUGUACCCAAUGAAAACGGGUCAGAAGCUACUGCCGUUCCUGAGGAGAGCACUAAAUAAGCUUGAUCAAAAUGAAGGCACUACUCAUUGCUGCUAUUCUCUUGGUUGGACUGUUGGCAAUGGGCAGCAAGGCCAUUCCAUCAAACCGCUGGUCCUGCUACAAGAAAGUCUUGAAGGGCAGGGACUGUCGCAAUGUUGGCAUCUCCAACGGAGUUGCGACCAUGCGACCCAUCGAUUCCCUGCAGAACCAUUUCUGGGAGGGGAACAAAUGCGACAUGGUGUGCUACUGUAACUUCAGUGAGCUCCUCUGCUGCCCAAGGGAUGUCUUCUUUGGACCCAAAAUCUCCUUUAUAAUUCCAUGCAAAACCAUCUGAGCCAUCAGUCGUUUGAAUGGACAGUGAACACGGACGGUGCAAUCUUCUGAAUUGAAACAAGAGUAAAGAGUAAAUGGGGCCAGGGGGGAUGGGCCCAUCCAUUCCGGACUACAGAAUUACAUGCAUUUCAUUCUUCACUUGGAGACAGCUACAACAACGACAAGUUCAGAAGGCUGGAGCUAAAACAAAAGCACAAGCUUUGAAGCCGGGGAAAAAAAGAGGCCCAUCUUUCACAAUACUUGGGCCUACAAAUAAAAUGCAUUAUUUUCAGUCUCAAAUACAGCACCCAGUAUAUUUAUUAUCUGUCAAGACAAUUCAAUAAAUGCAGCCCGUGUCCCUCCUUUGCCAAGGCUACAGUUCAACACUUGUAUAUCUGACUUGGCAGAAUCUUCAUUUGGCAUUUGCAAUGAUGUGACACUCCCCAUUAUCUACACCCAAACGUAAACAGAUCUCACUAUUUGGCAAUAGUCGUAGUACAGUAAUACCACGAAGUGUGCACAUCCCAAAAAUAUAAUUCAAUAGUUAAUAGUAUGCCAUUCUUGAGAGACAUGGCAUUUUGUGUGUGCCACUAGGCCUAACUAACUGUAAAGCGCUCUGGAUCAGAGCGUCUGCUAAAUGACUAAAAUGUGAAUAACAUAGCACUUACAGAUCCCCUAGACCGGUGAAGCUGUUUAAACAAGUUGUUCUACUGCUCCAUGACAUCUCCCUGUACUUAUCCAAUGAUUUUAUGUCAAUUACAACACUGUAUGUGAGAAUAUUAAUAAACAGAUCGGUUUGAGUGUUA